UUCAAAUAACUCAUUGUACUUUACAAGAGAAAGACACGACAGUUAGUUCCACAUAGUACGUGUCAACUAGAUUUUGUUAAAAUUUGCGUCAUCUUAGUAACAGUAGACUCACACAUUCAUUCUGCUAUGUAAGACCUAGUGUUGGGACCAGAAAAAUAAAAUUAAAAUAAAGAAUCGAAGUAAAGGAGAACAUUGUCAAGAUUUGAAGAAAAAUUAAACAUGUGGAUUAUUUUAAGUAUGUUACUGUUUUCAGUCACCUUCACUGAAAGUUUCUUUUUUACGAAAGAGAAAAACCCAGAUGAAAUAGAAAAAACGGCCCAGAAAGGUAUCGACAGCAAAUGUCUGUUAAAAAGUGCAACAGGUGACUGUACUUACUACACUUGUAUCAAUGACCGCUAUCCCUGUGGCAGCGAAGGCUUUGCAAUACGGUUUGGACUCUAUUAUUGCAUGAGGAUGCGGAAUAAAAUUAACAGUUUAAACGCUGCAGGAAGAGUUUGGGCAAAUUCCACCUUAAGGUGCCAAAGUGAAGCGCUGAACCCACUGUACCAGUCAUCAUCUCAAUCUUGUAAGUCAAUCUCUGAUGCAGGCUUCGAUGCCAUGCAUCGCUGCUUCAUAGAAAAUAAUUUCUGUGACAUAAACUGGGAUAACCGAGAUGCAAUAUGGGAUAUAUUUGACGCCACAGAUUUGGGGCCAGGAUCAGCUGCAUCACAGAAAAUGUGGUCGAAAGUCUUGAAGACAUCCGGAAGCUGCUUAUCUCGUAGAGCAACACAGUUUUCUGACUGGCUACAAGAAAGAACAGAAAGCAUUGGACAAGUAAUUGAGGACUUUUUCCGUGGAAUUUUGGAAAAAAUAAAAAAAUCCAUCAGAGAAUGAGGUCCAUUAAGUAUAUGAAUAACAAAAGAGGAAUUUUACAAUGUAAAAGUAUUAAUAAUCCUGAUUAUGUUGACGGCGAAGAUUAUUAUUAUUAUUAUUAUUAUUAUUAUUUUUUACAAUUGAUUUAAGAGAAAAAAUGACAGGUUUAUACUUUUCUAACACAAUCUGUUUAAAUUACGGAAAGGAAUUUUGAUUCAGUUCUUUUAUUGUUAUUUAUUUAUUUAAUUUUUUAAAUAGUUGAUUGAAUAUUUUCACUUGCUAAAUCUGAGACAUUUUCAUAAAACAAAACUGAAGCUAAUAAAUAAAUAAAAAUAAAAUUAAAAAUAUAAUUCUAGAAUUAGCAUUUAAACUCAGAUAUAAGAUUUUUUGAAUUUAUUUUUUGUUGUUGAUGUCAGUUCUAAUGAAAAUUUCAGUUUAUUAUUGACUGAUAGAGGCACAUUGACUGUAACUGAGUUACAAUGUUGUCUAUAGACCACUUGACUGUAACUGAGUUACAAUGUUGUCUAUAGACCACUUGACUGUAACUGAGUUACAAUGUUGUCUAUAGACCACUUGACUGUAACUGAGUUACAAUGUUGUCUAUAGACCACUUGACUGUAACUGAGUUACAAUGUUGUCUAUAGACCACUUGACUGUAACUGAGUUACAAUGUUGUCUAUAGACCACUUGACUGUAACUGAGUUACAAUGUUGUCUAUAGACCACUUGACUGUAACUGAGUUACAAUGUUUUUCUAUAGACCACAAUAUGUUAAAAUCCCACCAAGGUCAGUUUUGCCUUUCAUUCCCCUUGGAUCAACAAAAUAAAGCCCCAGUCAAAUAUUGGGGUAGAUUUAAACCGAUUAACCCCUAACUCCCAAUCUGUGGUCCUGUGUGUAUGUUAUAAAUUAUUACCAUUAAAAAAUGUUGCAAGCUGGCAGAAUCAUUAGUGUAUUGCAAAGAACAGUUUUUCUUCUUGGCUCUUUAUUUUCCAAGCUGAAAAUCUUGCUGAAAUCAACUUUAUCUUUCAUCUCUCCAAGAUUGAUGACAUAAAAUACCUGUCAAGUAUUGGAGUAAAUUGCAUUAGCUAAUUCCUCCCCUCAAAACUGCCAAUUUUGUACCUAAAUUGAAAACAGUUAUUAGUAUUAAUGGGGAUAAUAUUUCAAUACCCUAAUCAUAUUGAUUCUGUUUAUGAUUUGGUAGCUCCCAUUUCCAAUAAUUUCAUUCCCAUUUAUCUUCAGAUCCUUAUUUGUCAUGUGCUCUGGUUAGGCUUGUUAACGUUUUUUUUUCUUCUUUCUUUCAUGCAUGUCUCCAAUGUUCUUUAUUUGAACCUUGCAUGAAAUAACAAUUAGCCAGUAGUUCAAAUCCAAAAUGUACACAUGUACAUAAACAUUAUAAAUAUGAUCAUUGGAAAACAGGUUGUUUGGAAGUUUAGGAAUUUACCAAAAUAGAAUAGGAAAGAAUAAAUGGUUUCUCCAAGUUCCAUUCCUGUUUCAAUAUUGCGUGAUUGUCACAGGAAGGCACCAUCCAGCUGGGAAAACAAUUUACUCCAAUGAAACAACCAUUCGAUCCAUAUUAGCUUGGAAAUUUAGAUGUACACUAAUAUAUAUAUAUAUAUCAAAUUCUAAUAUUAAUUUCAGUUAGGGAAUAUCGUCAUUCAAUUCCUUUAAUUAUUAUUUUAAUUUUAUUUUAGUUUUACUCAGCUUCAGUGUAUGGAAAUAUUUCUGUUUUGCCAAUUAAUAAAAAAAAAAAAUUAAAGUGAUUGAAUUUUUAAUGUAAAAUAAAAAAUAAUUUUAAAAAAUUCUUUUCUUAUUUUCAAUAUUUUUGUUGUACUUGUAGAAUAAUUAAAUGAUAUCAGAAAUAAUAAAAUAACUUUUUAUUUUAAACUUGUUCAAAUUUGGGAAUACCUUAAGUGAGGUUUCAAAGUUUAAAAUAUUUUUUUCAAUAAAUAUAAUUAUAAUUUCUCAUAUUUGAAAAAAAAUUGCAUAUAUUAUAGCCAUUUGCCUAUAUUUCCCAUAAUUAGAAAUUCCAAUAAUAUGUUAUUUCCUUGUGCAUGUUCUAAUAAUUUCAGUUUUGGCUAUUAUUUAUCAAUAUUGGAUAUUAGUAGUGAUGUUAUUAAAUAUCAUAGCUGGUUAUUUGUAUUCAUGAAUAUUUUUUUAGAAUAUAUUUAAAGUAAAUUACACCUGAUAAAUUGUAGAAAAUUUAUAUCACCAAAACUUCAUAUACACAAGCAUCAAAUAAUUACUAAUGUUUGAAUAAUAUAAGCCUUCAUUUUAGACUCUAAAUAGCAGAAUGAUUUUCUUUCUUUUUUGUCCUUCAUAACAAAACAAUUUGUCUAUUUUAGUAUAAAUAAAAAUUAUUUGACAAUA